UCAUGGCGGCGGCGCGGCCCGUCAGGCCGGCGGGGCCAGGCGGCCAUGGAGCACAUCAGCACCCCAAAGGUCGAGAAUGUGAAGUUGCUGGAUCGCUACGCGAACAGGAAGGUGGCCAAUGGGACAUUGUACCUGACAGCCACGCACCUGAUCUACGUGGAGGCUUCUGCUGAAGUCAGGAAGGAAACAUGGAUCCUGCAUCACCACAUUGCAAGUGUGGAGAAGCUGCCCCUGACCACAGCUGGGUACCCCCUGCUUAUCCACUGCAAGAACUUCCACGUGGCUCACUUUGUCCUGGGGCAGGAGCGGGACUGCCAUGACGUGUUCACCUCCCUGCUCAAGCUCUCACAGCCAGUGAAACCUGAAGAACUUUAUGCUUUCUCUUACAAUCCUAAAAUGUCUAAAGAGAACCGGGAAAUUGGGUGGAAACUAAUUGAUUUAAAACUGGAUUACCAGCGCAUGGGAAUUCCAAACGACUACUGGGAAAUAACGGAUGUUAACAAGGACUACGAGGUUUGCAGCACAUACCCUCCAGAAAUCGUGGUGCCUCGAGCUGCCUCCAAGGCAGUGGUGAUGGGAAGUUCAAAGUUCAGAAGCCGAGGGCGGAUUCCAGUGCUUUCUUACUUGUAUAAGGAAAACAAUGCUGCCCUGUGCCGCUGCAGUCAGCCCCUGGCCGGGUUCAGCGCACGCUGCCUGGAGGACGAGCAGAUGCUCCAGGCCAUCCGAGAGGCCAACCCCGGGAGCCCCUUCAUGUAUGUUGUAGACACAAGGCCAAAGUUGAAUGCCAUGGCCAACCGAGCUGCUGGGAAGGGCUAUGAGAACGAGGACAACUAUGAGAACAUCCGCUUCAAAUUCAUUGGCAUAGAGAAUAUUCAUGUGAUGAGGAGCAGCCUGCAGAAACUCCUGGAAGUGUGUGAAAUGAAAUCCCCCUCCAUGAGCGACUUCCUCACUGGGCUGGAGAACUCGGGUUGGUUACGGCACAUCAAAGCUGUCAUGGAUGCAGGUGUCUUCCUUGCCAAGGCUGUGAGGGAGGAGAAGGCCAGUGUCCUGGUGCACUGCUCCGACGGGUGGGAUCGCACAGCCCAGGUCUGCUCCCUGGCUGGGCUCCUCUUGGACCCCUUCUACAGGACCUUCAAAGGCUUCAUGGUUCUGAUAGAAAAGGAGUGGAUUGCAAUGGGCCACAAGUUCUCCCACAGGUGUGGCCACUUGGAUGGGGACCCCAAGGAGGUGUCCCCCGUGUUCACCCAGUUUGUGGAGUGUGUCUGGCAGCUCAUGCAGCAGUUCCCCUGCUCCUUUGAGUUCAAUGAGAGGUUCCUUCUGGAAAUCCAUGACCAUGUUUACUCCUGCCAGUUUGGCAACUUCCUUGGGACCUGCCACAAGGAGCGUGAGGAUCUCAAAAUCUUUGAGAAGACCCAUUCUCUGUGGCCUUUCCUCUUACAGAGGAAGCAGGAAUUGAGAAAUCCUUUGUACAGAGGAUUUACAGCUUACAAAGAGCUUCAACCAAACACACUGCCUUUCAGUUUCCAGUUUUGGUGUGGGAUGUACAAUCGCUUUGACAAAGGGAUGCACCCAAAACAGUGUGUGUUGGAUCAUCUGCUGAGCUGCAUGAGCCAGAAGCUGCAGCUGGAGGACAAUGCAUCUGAACUGGAAAACAAACUUCCUUUCCUUGAUGGUCCUUUGCCUGGUGAAGCUUCCUCCUUCCCCAGAGCAGGACAUGCUGCUCCCAAAGCCCCCGUGCCCAACACUCCUCAGGACUAUGGAGGGGCAGCACCCCCUGUGCUGAGCAACGGGACCUCCCCUGGAGCUGGGGGCUCAGCUGUGGACCAGAAGCACAAAGAGAACCUGUCUCACCACCACCAGGAUCUUGGUGCCUCCGCAGAGGUGUUGGACGGGAAUGCUCAGCACCAGUGAGGAGCUCUGGGAAUGCUCAGCACCAGUGAGGAGCUCUGAACUGUUGGGUGAAGCAGGCUCUGGUGGGGUAACCCCACGGGGUGCAGACCCCCAUUUACAGCUGAGUGUGAGUACAGGGUGUGCUGGGGGAGCAGGUUGGGUUUGGGACACAUCCCUGUGCAGCUGGAAUGAUGCAGAGCUGACCAGGAGGCUCCUGGAGCUCAUGUAAACUCGGGUUUUGGUGGAAGCAUGUGUGUUUUUAAGGUUUGUGGCUGCCUGCCAGCACUAGUGUUUGAAGCUGGAAGAAAUCCUGGCCAAUUAAUGCUGAGAGUUGGGCAGUGUUUGUAACCAGAGGAGAGAGGAUGCAAUCUGUCUGUGCUCAGUGCCAGUACAAGGUCAUCUUAAAAUGAUAAAAAAUUCUAGUUCAUCUUAAAAUGAUAAAACCCCCCACCACCCUUUCUUAGCUGUGAAUGACUCUCUGCAUGGACCCUCACCUUGUAGCAGAACUGACUCAGUUUUUGUUUCCUAUGCAUUUUUGUUACACAAAACCAAACCCCCGUGCCUUUUUCUGAGGUUGCUCUCAUAUCCAGCCACACCAUGCGCUGUUUUUAUUAUUGUAGUGUAAAGUGUAGUGUUGGGUCUUUGUAGUCAGUAUUUCUAAGGAGGUUUUUACCUGCUGCAGCCUCCCCAGGAUCUUUGCUGAUCCCACUGAGUUCAGUAGCUUCUUUCUAAGCUGACCUCUCGAAGAAUAAGUUCUUAUGGACCUCAUUUACUGCAGCAAGCCAGAGUCAGCCUGUAACACAUGGAUUUUUGACCAGAGGGAGGAUUAGAAACGAGAAAAGAUAGGAAAACAUUUCUGUGGAACUUUUCUCUCUUAUUUUAUGGUCUUGGUUAAGCUGAAGCAAGACAGUAACUCCGUUUUAAGCUGGGAUCAAUGUGCUGUCUCCACAUCCACUGAUGAGGCAGCAAUUACAGAUGAGCUGUGUUCUCUUAUUGAAAUGGGGCCUAAAAUGAUUUUAUCACUUGCUGAGUGAUUACAGAGAAUGUUAUCUUGGAUGUUAAAGUUACAUGGACUGCUGGGAUGUUUUGUCUGUACCAUCAAGAUGUGGUGAGAUGAACAGUGUCUCUCGUGGCAAUGAACUUGGUAAUUUUAUGACAAAAGGGAAAUUGGGAUGUGAGCCCUCAUUGGAACAUGAAGUGAACAUGAACACCUUGGGACGUGGCUGUGGCUCCAGGGCUUGUUAACGCUACUUGGAGUCUUCCAUGUGCUGGAAUCUCAACUGGAGAUACAGUUCAAAGUUGCAGGUUUAAAACAGGGACGUGUAUUGCAUCUAUACAGAAGCCCUGUAAAGAAACAAGGACUUUUUUCCCCAAGGAAUGGGUGUCCCUGUCACAAAUAAGUGUCUGAAGGUCCCUCAAAGAACCCCCAGCAAAAGCAGGUUUCAUGGAACAGUAGAAGUGUGACCAAGUUCAUUGGCAAGGUUCACUCUACUGCUUCAUAUACAUGGUUAAAGCACACGCAGAAAAAGCACACUAAAAGAGAAAAUCAAUCAUUGUAAAACCAAAACCAACCAAAAAUUAUCCACCUGGAGGCUGGGAAUGGAAAAGGGUCAGGAUAAGAAGGAAUAAGGGAGAGCCUCCUGUGGAGGCACAAGGUUCAGAGUAGACCACACUGCCAAACUGGGCCCUGGGCUUGACCAACAGUUUAGGCCUAAAGGUUUUGUAGAAUCAUAAGCAGCACUUAAACUUAACAGCACUGAAUCCAUAGCUGGAGAUAAACAAUUUACCAAAGGAUUCCUGGAGGAUUUACUAAAAGCACAACUCCCUUGGAGGCUGAACUUCCUUACAGCUCUAAAGUACUUAAGAAUCCAGGAGAGCAACAUUCCCAGUCCAUUUGCUGUGGCAUCCCACAGCCCUAAAGGAGUGUGUACAGGUAUAUCCCUGGGAGAAAUUCCCCUGGAAUUCAGUGAAGGACUCGUGUUGGAUGCCUUUGCAUGUUCUCAGCGGGCAAAGGGUUGAGGUUUCAGCCCUGGCUCCUCCAAGUAGAGCAAACUUGAGAAUUUUGUGGCUCUGAGAGGUGUCCUGCUCCAAGGGAGAUGCUGGUGCAGCCACCUGUGGUCUAGGAGAGCUCCAAGGGUCUCACUCAGGACUCCUGAGUUGGCUUUAGUCACAGUCAUUUUCCAUCCUGACCACAAUUUGGGUCAAUAAGUUCUUUGCAAGAUCAAUAAACAAUGUUUAAAAAUCAAUAAAAAUGUUGUUCAACUUGUUCAGGCAAGAAAAAUCAGUUUCCAAGGCUGUUGGUUAAAAACCAGGAGCUCAUUAUCCAGCAGAGUUCCUGGGAACAGACUGUUUUUGAAGAGCUCACGAGUUCAGCCCAGGUGCUGUUUGUCAAGGCGAAGGCCUAAGGAGCAUUUCUGAGAUCACAACGUGGCCUGGGAGAGGUGGAGGAUGUUCCACCCCCAGGAAAACUAUUCCACGUUCUGGACAAGCUUCUACAGAUGUGCUUAAUUGCACAGAGUCCCUUUGUGCAGUUAAUUCAGGAUGCUUUUUUGCUUGCUCUUGAAACUGUUGUUUAGGUGCUGCUGUUAAGUUUUAAAAUCAGUUUUUCUCUUUUAUGAAGCAAAUAUUGAAGUGAGCCUUCCCAAUCUCCAGUAAGAAGUAGAAACAUUCCAUUAUAGCAUCAUAAAAUGCAAUAUCUGCCCCUCAUUGUGUUUAUAACCCAGGGUGAAAUCACUGGGUGAGGUUCGGUCUUCAAGGUAAAGUAGAAAAAAAACAACCAAAAACUCCCCUGAGUGUCUCACUUUGGGUAAGAAAAUAUCUAUUUUAUUAAGCAUGUCAAAAGACUCUAAAAGGGCAAGAGCCAAGAACACAGAGUUCCUUCACUGCCUGGAAUGGCAAAGAGGAAGUUUUUUAAUACUGGGGGGUUGUCAGUCAUAAAGCAAAUAAUAGAGUUGUUUUCAAGGAAGGAGUGGGAGCUGAAAUGAUUGAUUAAAAACCAAGCACACGAAAUGCUGCCCCAGCUAUGACUUACAGAUCAGCCUCUGUCUCUUCUUUCCAGGUGGUACAAGAAUGUACUGGCUUCUUGGAGCAAUCUCAAAUGGGAAAUGAGGCCCAGAAAGGGAUUUUUUAGGACCAAGUAUUCUAGAGAUCAUCAGUUCUUUUAAUAUCUUUAAUAUCUCUGAUUUUCAUUAGAGAUACAGAAUUGUAGAGGGUUUUGACUGACUCCUGAAGGUUUUAGACACGUCAUUGAUUAAUUAUUGUGUAAAACCAGCUUGCAGGAGGAUUCCGUAAAUGUUUACACGUUGCCUUGUCUUUGGAAUUGCCACAGAUUACCUUGAGAAAGUUUAAUUAUUAUUAAUUAUUCCUGAUCUCUACAAAUCCUCUUGACUACAAUGUUACUACAGGAGUGUGUAACCACCACCAGGUCACUUCAGACCCUGCAAGUGUUGGUAAGCUUGUAGUAACCUUUCUGCUUUCGACUUCAGUGACAGAACAAUGGGUGACUUUAUACUUGGAAAUGCAAAAAUUCAUGUCCUGUCUUUUUAAACCUCUUGCAUUUAAUGUGUACAGACUUGGUCAAACCUCCAGUGUAUUAAAAAUCAUUCAUGCUGGUGCUGUAAUUUAUAAAGCUGGAAAAGAUUCUAGGCUUUCCUGGCUUUCCAUGAGCUUAUUGGUUUGAAAAACCGUUAGCAAGAAGCUUUUUAGUUUUGAUGGUAACUCUGGGGUGCUUGAAGACCAAAAAUGAAGGUCAGGUGGGAUCUCCUUCCUGAAGCAUUCCAAGAAGCCUAUAUUCCCUCCUCAUGGAACGCCCUGCUGACUUGAUUCUCUGUUUCCUGGAAGUGUUAAAGGAGUGGAAAAGCUGUUACAUAGGAAUCUGCUUCAGCAAGCCCUGUAUGAGAGUUACUGUGACUUAUUUAUUCCUAGUGGAGCUUCCCUGCGUCCUGAGGUCAGAAAUCCUGCUUUUAUUUGGAGCUCUUGAGUGAACAAUGCAACUUCCUUCCAUUUGGAUUCUUAUGAUUGGGAGAACUGGGAGGGAGAAGGGAUGUGGUUUGCUGUGGGUGGGCUCUGUUUGUGUAAAGCUGGUUCUUUUCUGGAGCUCCUCUGGCUCCACCGGGUCCCUCCAAGGCUUCCCCAGGACCCUCCUGCCUGUGCUCAGUGUCCCUCCUGCUACAACCAGGUGUAACCUUGCAGUAGGUCACAUUCUAUGUUAAAACUACUACUUUGAAGUAGAAGAGGGACCUGUGGAACUUCAUUUCUCAGUUGAAAUGUCUUAAUGUGAACUUCACUCUGGUGGAUCCUUAAACUGUGUUUUGUUUUGCAGUUGGCAGAGAAAAUGCAAGGGGUGCUGUUUGCUCUGCUGGAAAAAAAAGGGAAUAAUGGGUUUGUCCAUAGUUUUAGUUCUCCACUGGCCUCUUAAUAGGUGAGAAAAAGCAGUCUGUUAAAGGUUUAGGUGUAGUUUCUUCCUGGCUGCCUGGUCUGUUCCUGUGCUCAGUGGUUGGCUGAGUUAAGUCCUUGGAAGAAAACUCCCCCUGCAGUGUGGCUGGUGCAAAAAUGCCUGGGAUAGAGGAGGACACUUGCUUGGAGGCAGCUGGGAAGCUUUGCUUUCAGUUGUCUUCAGGAAGCUUCUGGAAUCCUGGAGAGCAGGAUUUGCCAGGAGCUGAAGGUGUGCUUCAGAGGAUUUCCACCUGGAGUGAGACCUUGUGGGGUUACAGGUUGGAAUCUCCAUGCUGAAGGGCCCUGUGACUGCUGUUCCCAGCAGGUUUGGAGACACAGAGCCCUGGCAGGAGCUCCCAAAGCUGCAGCACCCACAGGAUAAGCAUUUCCAAGGGAAGAGCUCCUGUUCCAGGCACUGCUGCCUGGUCCUUGGGCAGCCCCAGUCCCUGAGGGUCACUACCCAAAGGAUCAUUCCUUGGCACAGUGUAGUAAUGGAUAUCUGUGAAGGACCAGGAGAAUUCCUGCAGUGUCUGUGUCACUCCUGCCUGUCCCACAACUCUAGGUGCUGGGGUUGUUUUUGUAGGGACCAACCCAGUUAUUCCUUGUUUACAUUCCAGCCCUCACGCACAUCCAGGCACUUCCCUGGGGGGAAGAAGCUGCUCUGAAUGUACCAGUUUUAAUUACUACCCAGAGCUUGAUUAAUUAGCUGAGGGACUAGGUUAUCUUAAGUCCAUGUUCAGGCAGCCAGGUGGGUGCCAGCAGCAGUCAGUGUCAUUUGUUGGGGCAGGUGUUGUAAUAAUUACAUUAACUUGACGUCCAGUUAAUAAUUACAUUUAUUUAAUGGCCCCUCUGCAGUGCAGGAGCGGGGCAGGAGGGCAGUGGGUGGUGUGUCUCUCCCACCAUUUCUCUCUGUAAAUGCAUCUGUAUUUAAUGUAGCAGAUACUCCUGGAGUAACUCGUAGCACUGGAUCCCAUCCCGAGCCCAGAUGAACCUUCCCUGUCGUCCACAAACUGAUCUUUGUAGGAACAUUCCCAAAAUUGUGUGUAGUGCUGGCUGGAAACGUCAGUGUUGCUGUUUGUCUGUGUCACUGCUGAGGGACAGUUGUGUAAGUUGUGGGUGGUGAAACUCCCUGUUCCAGAACGUUCCAUGAUGGCCCUGUGUGUCAGUUUAGUUUGUGCACUGCUUGAAAAAAUAACUGUCCAUCUCUAGAGAAGCACUGUGGUUUUUUCUCUCUAAAUGUAUUUGUCCCAGGAAGUUUCACUUGUAUUACAAUUUAUUUUUAUUCCCUACAAAAAUAAACACCUCGCCUUUUUAAAGUAGAUAAAUGGCUGGUCUGAUCAUUGUUUAUUAAUUAACUCAAAGAACAACUUCACACUUGGAAAUGUGAAGUCAAUUAAAGGAUCUUAAGUAAUGAGCUUAUCUAAAAGUGAAUGUGGUGCCACUUCCCCUUCCUUUACAGGAGAGAAACUGGGUGGCCUUAAUGGUUUUGGGGGGUGCAGCACUGCCUAGGUUCUUUAAAAACAACCCAAAAAUUAUUACUAAUGAAGCUGUGUUAAAACUUAGUGUCUUCUUUACACUGUGCUACUCUGAUAUUUUUUAAUUAGAUUUUUCUUUAUACAUAAACCUAAAUAUCUUUAGAUAUUAAAGCCAAAUAUCUUCAGUGUUUUCUUUCUCCUGGGAAGCUGCUUGUGUCUCAACCACAGGUGACUCCAGGCUGACUGCAAAGCUUCCUGAGGAGCAACCAGAGCUUCUGGCCUCUGAGAGGAGCUUAGUCCAACCUUUGUGGGUGAUCCAGGCUCCAGGUGAAGAGAUUUCCCUGGUGGCUUUUGAGUGACGAAUCCACAGCCCCACUGCUGAGGGUGUAAUUUAAAAAUGCUCUUUUAUCCCAUUCUUUUUAGUCAUUAAUUCAAAAGUCAAGGUGAGUUGUUACAUUUUCUGAGUGCUGGCAAACUCAGGUGAGGUGGGAGAAUGCUCAGGGAAGAGGGGGAUUCCAGGUGCAGAAAACUUGCCUUGUGUUUAUGAACGAGAUUGGAAUCAAUACUUUACUUAGAGCUGUGCAGCAACAGUCAAACCUACAAUUAAAUCUGCAGAGUGGUGAGACAUGAGGUGAAAGGAGUUGAUUUGAUGUUUUGAAGGCUUUCCCAAGUGCUUCAGGCUGCCAUUUGCAUUGGGAGAUGCAUGUGGAUGGUUUAAAUCUGCCUGGCAGAGCCGUGCAGGCUAUUUCAGUCAUCAGUCUGAAAAUAAGCAUUUGGAGGUUUUUAAUACUCGUGUGGGAGCUGAGUAACAAGGAGGGGACCUGCAGGAGAUGCUGGUCCUGAGCUCUCCAUCCUCACUUGGGGCAGGAUGAGCCUGUGAACCCCCGGAAUAGACCCCAGACCUGUUAUUGAGCCCCUGAUCAAUAUUUCCCACUGCACUGUGCACCUUAAAAAUGGGGAUUUUCUAGCUAUUAAGGCAAAAAAUUAGGCCUGGCUCUUGGGUAUACUCAGUCCCCAGGUGUUUCACAGCCUUUUUUUCCUUCUUGCUAAUUUUAAAUGUUCUUAAUGUUGCCAGUGAAAUCCUUCAUUUACCUUAAUUAGACUUGCCUUACAUUUAAUUGGAUUAUUAGCAUUAACACUGACUACAAUUGAUAAAGCUGCAGUUUACAUUUGGGGGAAAUUCAGGUGAAAGGUGUGUUAAUUGUAGCUUCCCUUGCCUGCAAACAGCACGUAGAUUGGAGCGUUCUCCUGGAAACUGUAUUUUCCUGCUCUUUAGGGGAGUGGGGGGGGGGAUACAAAACCCAGUAGCCUUUGGAGUAACAACCCUGAGUAAGGGUUAUAGUAAAUGCUAACCCUUAGUAGGGGUUACUGAGUAAUAAAUGAGUUAGUCAGAGCAGGGCAGUGGGGUUGGGAAAAGUCAAAACUGCUUUAUGAAUCUGAUCUUUUUUGCUCCCUCUCUCUCAAC